AUGUUAGAUAAAAAAGCAGAUAUAGAACAUACACAUAACUCCUUCUCAACUGUUGCUAUAGAAAGUAUUGAAGGAACGGUUGGCGGAACUGGUGGGGAUGCAUUAUAUUAUAAACCUCCUAACUUUCCACAAGGUUUAACAUCGAAUGAAAACAUAACAACGAAGAAAGACAUUAGCUGUAAAAAUGUUUAUGUCAUGGAUGAUGAAAAUAAUGUUAAAUUCACUGCUCAGGAUUUAUAUGAUAAGAAAGCAGACAAAACAGAGCUUCAAACAUUAAAGACUGAAAUACUUCAAACAUUAUAUCCUAUAGGCUCUAUUUAUACGUCAAUGAACUCAACAAAUCCCGCAACAGUUCUGGGUUUUGGUACAUGGCAGCAGAUUGUAGACAAAUUCUUAUACUGUGCUAACUCUUCAAAGCAAACAGGAGGUUCGAAGAAAAUUACUGAAGCAAACUUACCUGCGCACACUCAUACAGGAACUACAAACUUUUCUGGCGACCAUAGCCACUCAUUAAGAGACCACUCAUUAUACAACUCAGACUAUAAAGCUGGCAAUGACGUUUUAUCUCCAUCUUAUAACAAUUCAGCAAAAAAGACUUUUCGACCAACUGAACCAGGAGGUAAUCAUACACAUACAUUUACAACAAAUCCAACAGGCUCGGGUGAAGAUUAUAUGCCACCAUUUAUGACUGUAUUCGCAUGGUACCGUCUUGAAUAA